AAAUUGAAGAUAAGGUGUCAUAUAUGUAUAGAGCUCUCAUAGAACUCCUAUAAAAGCUCCGUAUGCCCUGGAAAAAUCUCAUUGAGCUGUAAGGAAUUAAGAAAUGCUGUUUCUCCGGACCAUUUUCUUCUUCGCAUUGCUGGCAUUUGUCAGGACUAGCCCAGCAGAAAGAAAAAAUGCAGCUAUUUGUGAGUUCUUCAAACACGUGAAGACGUUCCAAGAUGAUCAGUGGGAAGAUUCGGUGAUUCUGAUGAAGGGACUUCUGGAGGAAAUGAUCGCAGCUCUACAGCCGUAUCCUGAGUAUGCAGAUUACAAGGACAGCAUGCAGGCCUAUCUCGAUCGUGGAAAGACUAUCGUUAGCUCAAGUUCGUUGCAGGAAAAGAUGGCAUAUUUUCGAGGAUUCAAUGAAGAUGGUGGGCAGCCCAUGCUAACGGGGUCUCCUGCCAAGAAAGAAGAGCUGACCAGGCCCUUACGUAAUUUCCAAUCGAAAAUGAUCCUCAAUGUGUUGACAGAGUUUCACCAAAAACUAAUCAAAGCUGCAGGCGACAUGGAGCGAGUCGUGCGCCUUUCAGGGGACUCUUUAGAGGGGGAACUAUUCAGGCUCCUCGAGCAAUAUCGUUCGGAGGGCCUGGGAAGGUUGACUGAAAACAUUGCUUCUCGUAUUCUGGCCUUAAAGGGGCAAUAUAAUUGUGUUUAGAAAGGAAAUGAAAAUAAAAAUCAUUAUCUUUUGAACAAAUAAAAUUAUUAAUAUGAUAUUAACUAAA